AUGAGUAAGACUAAAUAGUAAGGAAAACUAAUCCUAAGUCACUUGAACCAAUUAUGGAAUAAAGAAUAAAGCAAGGGGAGAGUUUGGUCAAAGUUAACAACUAACAAAACUGUGCUUACUUCUGGGCAACCAGUGUCAUUUAAGGAGAAGAAGCAGUUAAAAAAAAAAUUUAGGUAACAUUAUCAGCACAGAAUUUCAUGGAUUUUAGAACUGUUGAAGUAGCAUGCGAUGCUUAAAGUUAAUUUUAUGAAACUACGGGCGGAUAGCUAAGUAAGAAUUUCAGAGAUUUUCACUGAGUCUGAAUAUUCAUACACUGGCAUACCCAAUAGCUGGUUCAAAUUAAUAGGAUUAGGAUCGUGGAAAAUUGAGUGGUAUAUGUAGAAUAACAAUGUAGAUUGGAGUUUCUUAUAAUUAUAAGGUGAACAUCCUUUAUAAGUAAAAUUUGAUGCUUCUAACUUGUAAUUCUAUAGUUCUGGAGCUAUAUAUAACUAUGCAAAUUAUUUUGCAUUAAUUAUUGGUUAUGAUUUGUAUCUGAAAUGA